AUGGGUUGCGGUUCUUCCGGUCACGUGGUCGCGCCCGCAGAGAGCGUCAACGGCAAUGGAAAAAUGUCGGUUGGCAAUGGCAGAAACAGCAAUAGCGCUAAUGACCACAAUAACGAUGACCUGCCCACUGUGGUAUUGCCAGAGACACCAGCCAAGCCUAAACCACCGGUCGCCUAUGAAAUACCAAUAGAAGAAUUCGAUGGUAACAAACGACCAUCAACACCACCCGCUCACCUUCAGAGGCUCCUCCAGCCGUCGAGUUCUGACAUUAAAUUACCAGACAUCAAGGAGAAGCUCGCUGAAGCCGAACAGAGGAGAUUAAUGAUACUUCAGCAGCGUGCGGCGUCUGCACAGAAAAGAGCACAGAAAAUGAUGAAGUCCUUUAAAGAAUCAGAUCCAGAACAAAAGAAGCACGGUUCGAAUGUGGUCACCAUUUCUCCCAAACCUGGUGUUUGUGAAGAUAAAAAUAUAUGA